AUGUCCAGAGAAUCUAAUCAGCCGCCUGACCAAUCAAACGGAUCAAACUCAAAUCCUGAUUCGAAUAACACCUCAUCUCCUAACCGCUCGAAUGGAGCCGGUAGCCAGCAAACGAGCAACUCUAACACGCAAAAUGGUAGUAUCAACAGUACAAUGCAAAGUACUGUUUCAAACACGAGUAUCAAUCAGGCCACAUCGAAUCCCAGUAUGUCUACCUCUUCUGGGCCAAGUUUGGGACAAACAGUCACCAGUAAUUCCCAGCAACCAGCUGCAACUCAGCCUAACGUAGGAGAAGACCGUGAGGUGAUGAUGCAGUACGUGCGAAAGGUGAGAGAGCACAGGGAACUGGAAUCGAAGCUGAAGAAACUACGCACGGAGAUGAAUGAGCUUAACCAGAAGGAUAAUAAGACAGAAGAGGACCUGAAGGCACUGCAAAGCAUAGGUCAGAUAGUAGGACACGUUCUGAGGCAGAUCGACGACAAUAAGUUCAUAGUGAAGGCAAGUUCAGGACCACGCUACGUGGUGUGCUGCAAGGUCAAUAUAGACCCGAAGACUCUGGUGAGCGGAGUGAGAGUGGCACUGGAUAUGACGACACUGACAAUAAUGAAGAAACUGCCGAGAGAAGUGGACCCGGUGGUCUUUAACAUGCUGAACGACCUGACAGCAGUAGGGAAGAACAAGGACACCUACAGCUCAAUAGGAGGACUGAGCAGGCAAAUAAGGGAAAUGAGGGAAGUGAUCGAGCUCCCACUAAAGAACCCGUUUCUGUUCAAGAGAGUAGGAAUCAAGGCGCCCAAAGGUGUGUUGCUGUACGGACCACCAGGAACAGGAAAGACGCUCCUGGCACGGGCAUUGGCAAACGACAUCGAAUGCAACUUCUUAAAAGUGGUUGCAUCGGCAGUGGUGGAUAAGUACAUAGGAGAGUCGGCGAAAAUCAUAAGAGAGAUGUUUGGCUACGCAAAGGAGCAUCAGCCGUGCAUCAUCUUCAUGGACGAAGUCGACGCGAUCGGCGGCCGGCGCUUCUCCCAAGGAACAAGCGCCGACCGCGAGAUUCAGCGCACACUGAUGGAGCUGCUGACGCACCUGGACGGAUUCGACGAGCUGGGCCAGGUGAAAAUCAUCAUGGCCACGAACAGACCAGACGUACUGGACCCAGCACUGCUGAGACCAGGAAGAAUAGAUCGCAAGAUUGAAAUACCACUGCCUAACGAGGCGGCAAGAAUAGAAAUUCUGAAAAUACACGCGAAGCCGCUGAACAAACAAGGAGAAAUAAACUAUAACGCAAUCUGUAAGCUGUGCGACGGAUUCAACGGAGCGGACCUGAGAAACAUAUGCACAGAAGCAGGAAUACACGCAAUCAGGAACAUGAGAGACUACGUAAUAGAAGAGGAUUUCUUCAAAGCAGCAAGGAAGCUCACGGAAAAUAAAAAACUAGAAGGAACACUAGCAUACGAACAGAUUUAA